CUCUGCGCAGCCUUCUCGCUUCCAGCUGCCGCUCUGCUGGAGCUGCGCGCGGGGCAGGCAGCCUUGCCAGCUUCACGGGAGCCAAGCCUCCUGGCCGAGGCACUGAGCCCAAUGAUGGGGGAACGGCAAAGCCACGUGAACAGCCUCUUCCUGAAUGAGGAGUCCUCCAAGCGCCUUGGAACAGGGAGCCGGGGCCACCGCUUCCGCCAGGCCUGGGAAAAACGAACUGCCCGAGCCAGAAAGCAGAUGUACAGUGUCACCAGGGAGGAUCUCAGGGACUUCUUCCAGAGACACGCGUUUGUCCUGCUCACCAUCUCAUCCGUUCUGUUGGGGAUCACUCUGGCCAUGGCCCUCCGGCCUUACAGGAUGACCGACCGCCAGAUCAAGUACUUCUCCUUCCCAGGGGAGCUGCUCAUGCGGAUGCUCCAGAUGCUGGUGCUGCCCCUCAUCGUGUCCAGCCUCAUCACAGGGAUGGCAUCGCUGGAUGGCCGGGCCUCUGGGAAGAUGGGCCUGCGUGCGGUUGUCUAUUACAUGCUGACCACUGUCACUGCCGUCUUCAUCGGGAUCUUUAUGGUCCUCGUCAUCCACCCUGGGAAAGGCAGCAAAGGCCGAGUCCAACAGGAGGGGAAGAUGGAGCAGGUCCAUGCAACGGAUGCCUUCCUGGACCUCAUCCGGAACAUGUUCCCACCCAACCUCGUGGAGGCCUGCUUCAGACAGUACAAGACCCAGUACAGUGUCAGAGUCACCAACCGGACUAUUCUGCAGAGCAGCAACACGGCUGCGCCACCCCCACUGCCCCCACCCAGCAAUGGCAGCAGCUCUUCUGGCCUCGCCACUGUCGCCUCACCUCUGCCACCUCCUGAGAACAGCACCGGCAUCUGGCACAACGUCAGCCAAGCCCUGAGCAGCCUCCCGGAGGUGCUGAGCUCUGAAGAGACGGUGCCAGGCCCCGGCUCAGUCAAUGGGGUCAACGCCCUGGGCCUGGUUGUCUUCUCCAUCUGCUUCGGCCUGGUGAUCGGCAGCAUGAAGCAAAAGGGCCAGGCGCUGCGAGAGUUCUUUGACUGCCUCAAUGAAGCCAUCUUGCGGAUGGUGGCCAUCAUCAUCUGGUAUGCCCCCAUUGGGAUCCUCUUCCUGAUUGCUGGCAAGAUCUUGGAGAUGGAGGACCUGGCGGUGAUGGGGGGCCAGCUCGGCAUGUACACGCUCACGGUGAUUGUGGGGCUGCUGAUCCAUGGCCUAUGCGUCCUGCCUCUGAUCUACUUCGUCGUCACACACAAGAACCCAUGGCUCUUUAUAGCUGGUCUGCUCCAGGCCCUGGUCACAGCCCUGGGCACAUCUUCCAGUUCGGCCACGCUCCCAGUAACAUUUCGAUGCUUAGAAGAAAACAUUGGGGUGGACAAACGGGUCACCAGGUUUGUUCUGCCAGUGGGGGCCACCAUCAACAUGGACGGGACUGCGUUGUAUGAAGCCCUGGCUGCCAUUUUCAUUGCACAAGUCAAUAACUAUGACCUGGACUUUGGACAGAUCAUCACAAUCAGCAUCACUGCUACUGCAGCCAGCAUUGGAGCUGCUGGCAUCCCACAAGCUGGCCUGGUGACCAUGGUGAUCGUGCUGACGUCCGUGGGGCUGCCAACCGAGGACAUCACUCUGAUCAUGGCUGUGGACUGGUUCCUGGACCGCCUGAGAACCACCAUCAACGUCUUGGGAGACUCGCUUGGAGCUGGUGUGGUGGAGCACUUGUCCCGACAUGAGUUGCAAACCCAGGAUGCUGAGGCCAGCAACUCUGUGCUUGAGGAAAACGAAAAGCCGUAUCACCUCAUUUACCAAGAGAAUGAUACCCACAAGCAUCUCAACAGCGAAACAAUGAUGUGAUGCCCAAGGCGGGAGCAUUCCAAGAGAAUCCCAAGAGGCUGAGCGACUCUGAAAGGUUGAAGGCAGAAAGAGCUGUGCGUAGCCCCCCCUCCCCGGUUGGGGAAUCUGUGCCAUUAGAAAAGCACCUGGCACCUUUGUCUAGCUGCGUGGGUGGAGCGGGGGGUUGGCUUCGUGCCACUCCCCUGCCCCUUCACCACAGCCGGUGGUGGCCUCUGUGACGAAACCAUGUUUCUUUGUCUCAAAAUGUACUCUCGGCGGUCGUGUUGUGCCAGUGUAAGACUGUUUAGAUCCUGUGCCAAUUUUUUCCCUAAUUGUGCCAUUUCUGAACACGGUCUUUAAAAGCACUUGAGGAGGCAGCAGCACCAACAAAUUUGGAAGAAUGUAUAAGGUCACACUUUAUGGAGAAAAAAGUAUUAUUUAUGAAGACCAUUAAAAUGGAGACUUGU